GCUCUACGUCGUCAUCCACAAAUUGCGGCUUGGCGUCGAAGUAAACGGCAAGCUCCAGCUUGGACAUUCCAACUCCUUCAUGACUAUUAUGAUGAAUUCUAUCUUGGCACCGUCGCCUUUGGAAACCCAGGACAAGAGCUUUGGUUAGCUAUGGAUACCGGUUCCUCGAUCAUUUGGGUUAUCGACGAUGCCUGCGACACCGCUGAGUGCAAUGGUUAUCCGAAGAGUGGUCUGAAUAAACGAAAAUUUCGCAAAGACCUUUCAAGAACUUUCACAUCGACGAACAGAUCCUUUGUUAUUCACUACCAUACGGGAUGGACUGCCGGAAUUGCUGCGCAAGACACAGUUCGUUUUGGUGUCGCCAAUAAGGUUGCUCCUUUUCUCGCACGGAUACCUAUUGAAGGAGUGUUUGGACUGGGCUUGCCUUCCAAAACUGCAUCUGGCAAUGUCACCUAUGGAAGCUCUUGUGCCAUAUCUCAGUCUAAAGCUAAUCACAGUUUGGAUGAACAGAAAGGUUUGAUUGAACGUACACUUCUGACACCAAGUAAUGGGCCCACCGACAAACACUAA